AGAAAAUUCGGAAGAAGAACUAGGCAAACCAAUCCAGCAAAUACAUAGAAAAAUAAUAGAAAAAUCGAGAGAGAGAGAGAGAAAUAGAGUGAUCGAUCGAUAAGAUCAAAUCGAAUACUGGGUAUGUGACAUGGGGAGGUUUUGGGCAUAAAAACCAGAAAUGAAAGGCGUCUACUCGGCGCCCGGAGAUUACAUCUACUUCAAGUCCCAGGUCCCUCUUCACAAGAUCCCAAUUGGCACAAAGCAGUGGCGAUACUAUGAUUUUGGCCCGAAAGUGGUACCUCCUCUUAUUUGUCUUCCUGGAACAGCAGGAACAGCUGAUGUCUGCUACAAGCAGAUCAUGUCAUUGUCCAUGAAGGGUUAUCGGGUGAUUUCUGUUGAUAUUCCCCGUGUAUGGAAUCAUCAUGAGUGGAUUCUAGCAUUCGAGAAAUUCUUGGAUGCUAUUGAUGUUCAUCACAUACAUAUAUAUGGUACAUCCCUUGGGGGCUUCUUGGCUCAACUUUUUGCUCAGCAUCGUCCAAGACGAGUUCGAUCAUUGAUACUAUCAAACACAUUUUUGGACACGCGCAGCUUCUCUGCAGCAAUGCCUUGGGCUCCCGUCAUUAGUUGGACCCCUUCUUUUUUGUUGAAAAGAUAUGUCUUGACCGGAAUACAUGAUGGCCCCCAUGAGCCAUUUAUAGCAGAUUCAGUGGACUUCGUUGUUUCUCAGGUUGAGACGCUCUCAAGAGAGGACCUGGCCUCCAGGUUGACUUUAACAACUGAUGCUGCUUCAGUUGGACCUCUGUUGCUUACGGAUUCAUUCAUCACUAUAAUGGAUACAAAUGACUACAGUGGGAUUCCUCAACAACUCAAAGAUGAAGUUGGUGAAAGGUAUCCUGACGCAAGGCGAGCACAGUUGAAGAGUGGGGGAGAUUUUCCAUUCCUGUCCCGACCGGAUGAAGUCAACUUACAUCUUCAGCUGCAUCUAAGACGUGUUGGUGUGGAACCUCGACCUGACUUGGUUCCAGGUGUUUCAAAGGGAGGUGGUGGUAGUUCUAGCGAAGAGAAUGAGAAAAAAGACGAGAAGAAAGAUCCGGAAGAUCCACCCAAGGAUGAUAGGGGAAACCCGGAUAAUCCAUUUGCAGAAACUCAGCUACCUCCUGCUCCAGAAAGUUCAGAAUCUCAUAGCUCAGACGACCAGCUCGUCAGCAACGCAAAAUUUUGCCACGUCGGUAAUGAAGACAUGAUGGUUUCCUUGCCUUCUGGAUUCUUGAAUAACCAACACGCUUUAGCCACUGAAUUCGUUAUGCGACUUAGUUGGGACAUAUUCGCUCUUCAUCUGCAUUCAUAUCAUGUGGUAUUGUUGUACAUAAGCCUGAACUGUAAUCGGAAGCUCGGGCCUCUUGUGUAAAGUGGAACAUCUUGACAUUUGUUGUUUGUUGCUUGUGUAAUUUUUUGAAAAUCAAGUUUGAGUCUCACUGUUGCCAUA